AUGUCUUCUGAAUCGACACUGGAAGUGCCCCGAUAUUUGCGAAGUCCGGGUGAGGAAGGGUUUCGUACCCCCACGAUUGAAGAUGCUGUCCGAGUCCUCGAGGAGGCCAGAGCCAACCAGCUCCCCGGCGCAGAUCGUGGUCUGAGUGGGAUCCAUUCGUCGGCCCUGGAGGCGGCCCUCCAGAAGGCGACCUCGCGAGGGACUGAUCACACUCAUAAGCUGGACGAGUAUAAGCGGGACAGUGGGGACUCGGAUGAGAUGGGUGAGCAAUAUCAUGGAGGUGGAGGACUCGCACGAAGAAACACAGACGCCUCAGCCAAGAAGUUGAGCUGGAAAAAGCGCAUUCGACACAUCACGUGGGCUUACUUCACCUUGACGAUGGCCACGGGAGGCAUGGCGAACGUCCUCUACACAGUGCCCUAUCGCUUCCCCGGCUUGGAUAUGAUUGGAACCGUCAUCUUCCUCAUCAACAUUGGCUUCUUUGUCAUUAUUUGUGCCAUGAUGUCGAUCCGGUUCUACUGUUACCCGUAUACCUUCAAAACGUCCUUUCUUCACCCGACCGAGUCGCUAUUUGUUCCAGCAUGUCUCGUCUCAUUUGGGACUAUUCUGAUCAACAUCUCCCAAUACGGUCCUUCUCAUGCUGGUCAAUGGCUGUCCGAAGCCGUGGGCAUCUUGUUCUGGUUUGAUGCCGUCCUGGCCGUGCUUUUCUCUGCGGGCAUCUAUACCCUCAUCUGGUCCACUCAAACCUUCACCAUCGCCCAGAUGACCCCCAUCUGGAUCUUCCCCGCCUAUCCCAUGCUCAUCAUCGGUCCUCAUGCCGGCAUCCUCAGUGCCAAGCUGGCACCGGACCGCGCUCUGAAUAUCAUCAUCGGUGGGGCAACCAUUCAAGGAGUGGGAUUUCUCAUGUCCAUGAUGGUCUAUUCUGCCUUUAUCUAUCGCCUGAUGACCCAGAAAUUGCCCCGGGAAAAUGUGCGACCAGGCAUGUUUGUCUCCGUCGGACCCAGCGGCUUUACCGUUGCGGGGAUCGUCAACAUGGCCUCCUCUGCAAAGCGAUGCUUUCCAUCAGAUUUCAUGGGCAACGGCUCACUCGCCGCAGAUGUGAUCAAGGUGGUCGUGGACUUUGCAGCCUUGUGGCUCUGGGGAUUGGCAAUCUUCUUCUUCAUUGUGGCCAGUGCUGCCCACUGGUCCGCUAUUGGACCUGGCCGCCUCGACUUUUCCAUGACGUGGUUCUCCUUCAUUUUCCCCAACACCGCCCUGAUCACAGCCACCUUUGCCAUUGGCAAAGCAUUUUCAUCCAAGGCCAUCAACAUUGUGGGCAUUGUGAUGGUCUUUCCUUUAAUUCUCAUGUAUUUCUUUGUGUGCUUUAUGAUGGUCCGGGCCUUCUUUACUCAUCAGAUCUUGUGGCCACAGAAGGGUGAAGAUCGAGAUGAAGGUGGAUUUGAAAUCCACCGGGUGAAACCGGAUGCAGAGCUCAUGGAAGAGAAGAGGGAUCACAUUAAUAAUGGGGUGAGUGUAUGA